GAGAGAAAGCGACACUACAGGGAAACAAAAACACUGCAGGGAUCGAGAGAGGCAGCCCUGAAAGGUCUGUGAGGAUUUUUUUUUUCCAGCAGCUUCAAAGAUCUUCCCAUCAUGGCUUCAAUGGGAAUGCAGCUCCUGGCCAGUGCCCUGUGCAUCGUGGGCUGGAUAGGGGUCUUCGCCAGCUGUGUGCUGCCUAUGUGGAGGGUGACCGCCUUUGUGGGCAGCUCCAUAGUGACUACUCAGACUAUCUGGGAGGGAAUCUGGAUGACCUGUGUGGUUCAAAGCACGGGACAGAUGCAGUGCAAGCCCUAUGAGUCUCAGCUCGCUCUCUCCACCGACACGAAGGCCGCCAGGGCACUCAUGGUCCUUGCUGUUGUUACGGGCAGCGUGGGCCUCCUCCUGGCCUUCGUGGGUGGUAAAUGCACCCGGUUCUUGGAUGAGGAUGGUGCUUCAAAGGGGAAAGUGGCUGUAGCAGCAGGGGUGGUGCUAAUGGUCGCUGGGCUGCUCUGUCUCAUCCCCACGGCAUGGGCGGCUUCGUCGGUGGUGAAAAAGUUCUACGGCGCAGCCAUAGACGCUCAGAGGAGGGAGCUCGGAGCCUGCCUCUACAUUGGCUGGGGGGCAGCCAUUCUGCUCACCCUGGGAGGGGGUCUGUUCAUCCACUCAGCUUGCCCGCUCAAAGCCCACGACACGGACAAGAACCCGUCUGUCCGCUACGUGGUGGUUCGCUCCUCCAACGGGUCCACCCAGGUGGGCUCCCAUCUCACCAGGGCACCAACAGCGAUGGCCCAGCCCAUCAGGACCAUGUUCCCUGAGCCCCAGAGCAUGGAGCCGGCGACAGCGAAGCCGCCGGCGUACACAAGGCCGCCGCACGACGCUGAAUCCGAGCAGGACACGAGAGAGGACUCAGAGAAGUCCUGGGCUCCAUCGACCAAGUCUCAGAUGAAAAGACCUGAGUCCAGAAGGUCCGAGCACAGCGAAGCGCCGUCAACAAAGUCUCAGCUGAAACGAGCUGAGCUGGACGAAACUUUAUCAGUCGCCAGUGAAAAUGAAGACACCACACCAAACCCUACAAAAACAUACCUGUAAUACGAGCUCUAAGAGACGGAAAGCAUUUAUACUUUAGUUUACAUUUAGCUUGCUGUCACUUAAAUCUAGAAGUUUAACGUGUCAUUCUGUAGAAUAUGACUAGAUCCUAAGGUUUAUAUUAGAUAUAAUCAUUCUACAUCUUGGUUAAUGUGAAGGAAAUUUGUCAACAUAAAGGCAACAAAAUGAAGUUUUAGCAUGCAUGUGCUUUAACUGACUGUAACAAGUAAAACAAGUAUGUUCAACUUCUUGACGCGUUGACUUGUUUAACUUGAAUUGUAGCUUUUAACUUGCCAUAAUGUUACACUGCAUCAGCUGUUUUUUAGUGUUUGAAUGCACUGAAUAAAUAUGAAUUUUAUUUUUUACCUCAGGCUUAUAGGUUUAUUUUUUUAUUUUAUUUUAUUUUAUUUUACUGAUCCUUAGCAACUUGAUAUAUGUUGAAUGAAUGAUUAUUUUUAUUUCUUCAAUUUAUUUUACUAUACACGUAAAUGUGUGGAUGUAAAAUGUCACUUUAUUACACAGGUUUUUCUUCUUGUCAACAAAGGUUUCUGUAAAUACUGUGUUUUUUUAUCAACACAUGUAAAUGUGAUUGUAUUUUUAUUUUAUUUAAACAGAUCACUGAGAAACUGUAUUCUUACUUUUUAAUAAAUUGACAAAAUGUGAAAAA